UCAUUGUCAGUAUCCUGUUUUAGCAGUUAUAUUUGUAACAUCCAUAAAGGUUGUAGAUGAUGCAUCAUUUGAGGAUUCACCAUAUUUUAUUGACUUAGUGUACCAUGUAUACAAUAUGGGAAGUUUUCUGUAGAUUUUGUAGUGGGUUUUAUUCUCUAGGUAUACACUCCACCUAAGGGGUAACAUAGGCAACACUGAAAGAUUGAUUAAUCAAUUCAGUGACCCAUCAAACUUUUGAUUUUGCAUGCAAAUGUAAGAGCCAUGACGCUCGAAUUGCCUGCACACAUCAUACUAGUUCAACUUUCCAUCUUGUUUUGUGUAAAUAUGAAGUGGUUUCCAGAAUGGCCCAUAACGGACCUGUACCUCCCAUAUUUAUGUAUCUGAAGGUUCCGCAUUGAUGAUUAUUAUGCUAGCAGGAACAGAAAAGCUCUGCGAAUAGUAUGUUGUACUAGCAUACACUAUCUUACGCAGAGGAGCAGGUGCUAUCAAACGGCCAUGGGAACGAGUCACUACUGAGAGCACAGACUCAUUGUGAAGAAAAUUCAUAUGAAUUGGUACUACAGUCCCAGGCUUUUCUUACCACAAAACAAGAAAGACCCAGACAUGAGCGACAUAAAAUCUGCUGAAGGAGGAGACAGAGGAUGUCCCGCACACCAAUCACACUGGAUAAGCCAUCAAACAUCAACAUAAGAGUGAGAAACAAAGAGACGAGCAGCAUUAGGGCUAGAAUUAAAACCACUGCCUGAAAACAACAAUGUCCAACUUCUGAUAUGGACAACUGGACCAAGCAAUGACAUGGAGGCAGACGUGUGCAUGGACCGUCUGUCUGCGAAUUACAGCAAUGUCAGAGAGCAUUUGAAUGGCUCCCCUCCCCUCUUCUCUGGGCUGGCAGGGGAGGACCACGAACCCCCCAAGCACUACGCCAUCAGCGUCUUCCUCUCCUCCCUCUACACUGUCUUCCUCUUCCCAGUGGGAUUCCUCGGGAAUAUCCUUAUCCUCACCGUCAACCUGAGCCACAAGGGACGCAUGACCUCCCCCGACUUUUAUUUUGUCAACCUGGCGGUUGCUGACCUGGUCCUGGUGGUGGACUCCCUGAUCGAGGUGUUCAACCUCAACGAGCAGUACUACGAAAUGGCAGCCCUGUGCACCUUUAUGGCUCUGUUCCUGCAGGUCAACAUGUACAGCAGCAUCUUCUUCCUGACCUGGAUGAGCAUUGACCGGUAUAUGGCACUGGCGGGCUCCAUGAAUCGAGGCCUGAGAAGGCCGCGGGCGCGCCUGACCUGCAGCCUAAUCUGGGCAACAUCCGCCCUGCUCACACUGCUUCCCUUCACCGUGGCCCAGGCUCAGCACGCCGGGGAGCUCCACUUCUGCUUCGCCAACAUCUCCCAGAUCCAGUGGAUGGAGGUGACGCUGGGAUUCCUGCUGCCCUUCUGCGUGCUGGGCCUUUGCUACUGGAGGAUCGCCCUGGCGCUGGUGAGAGCUCAAAGAGAGCACCGUGGACUGCAGCGAAGGCCACAGAACAGGAAGGCUCUGAGGAUGAUUUUUGCCGCAGUCCUAGUGUUUUUCACCUGCUGGUUACCACAGAAUGUGUUUGUCAGCAUGCACCUGUUGCGAGGAGACGUGGAGGGAACGCUGUGGCACGACUACCCUCUGACUGGCCACGUGGUUAACCUGGCUGCCUUCUCCAACAGCUGCCUCAACCCACUGGUCUACAGCUUCCUGGGGGAGACCUUCCAGGACAAGCUGAGGAGCUUCAUCAAAGAGAACAUCAGAUGGGCAAAAUUGGACAGCUCCUCCUAGAGCAACUUCUCUGGCCUGACCCCUGCAGACUCCUACCCUUUUAAAGUACAAUCACGCAAUUCUCCAAAACUGUUGCUGCCUUCACAAAACAGCCAGACAGCUGGGUAAGGCCUCGUGAGCUUAGUAUAUGGUUGUCAAUUUCCUGCCAUGUUGGUAUCUUAUUAGCAUUUUGAUAUAAUGGUUGCUCAGUCCUGACAUAACUCUGUAUUUUAAUUUCAGUAGUCACAUUAUCUAAGACCAAUGGCGAAGCUUUUGACCAAAGCACAGAUUUGGUGACUGCUUUCAAUUAA